AGAAAGGAGACAAAGGAAUGCAAGGGCAUCCUGGUUUAAAGGGUGAAAUGGGAGAAACAGGGCUACCCGGACUUAAUGGAGAACCAGGCUUGGAGGGUCGACCAGGAUUACCAGGUCCUAUCGGCCCCAAAGGAUUAAAAGGAGAAACAGGAUUAAGAGGAGAACCAGGCAAACCAGGAGAACAGGGCAGAAAGGGUGACAAGGGAGAUUCUGGUGGUGUUGUUGGACAGCCUGGAGAAAAAGGAGACAAAGGUGACCCAGGGCUUCCAGGCACAGGAUUGCAUGGAAAACAGGGGCCAAUUGGACCGCCUGGAGUAAGAGGAUCACGAGGACCUAAGGGUGAGCGUGGAUUUCCUGGCCUUCAAGGUCCACAAGGUGAGAAAGGACCCUCAGGAAGUGGACGUCCUGGCUCCCCAGGUCCCAGAGGUCCUCCUGGUGAGCCAGGUUUACAGGGUCCAAGGGGUUUGCCAGGCUCUUUAGGACAUCCGGGUGCUAAUGGCAUACCUGGGACUAAUGGGAUGCCAGGGCCACCUGGUCCACCUGGAGAGCCAUCUGCGCUGCCUCUGAUGGGAGACAUUGGCGCUUUACUGAAGAAUGCGUGCAGCAGCUGCCUGGCUGGUGGUCAUGGGGGCUAUUCAGGAUUACCUGGAAUGAAAGGGGACCGCGGUGUGCCCGGAAUACCUGGGACUGAUGGACUUGAUGGCAGGCAGGGUGACCCAGGACCAAGAGGCCCACCUGGAGUUCCUGGACUGGAUGGGCAAAAGGGAAGUAAAGGUGAGCGUGGAUUACCUGGACCCAUAGGAGAGAAAGGGGAUGAGGCACAGCCGGGUUUACCAGGUCUCCCUGGAUCCAAAGGAGCUGUGGGACCUACAGGUUCUAAAGGAAGACCAGGACCAACAGGGCCAAUUGGACCUCAGGGAGAAAAGGGUAGCAAAGGGGAAGUAGGAAUCCCAGGACCUCCUGGACCGCCUGGACUUCUGAGCACUGCUACCUAUGAGGGAAAUGGAAUGAGCAGUAUCUAUAAAAAACAGGAUGCUCCGGGUUUACCAGGUCCACCAGGUCCACCGGGGUUAAAAGGAGAUCCAGGUUCAAAGGGAGAGAUGGGUUUAAUGGGUUUGCCAGGAUUGGAAGGCUCUCCAGGAGAAAAGGGCGUUCCAGGAGUGCCUGGACCACCUGGUCUCCAAGGACCCAUUGGUCCACAGGGAAAACCAGGUUUUCCAGGCCCACCGGGGCCUCCAGGUUCAACAGGCGAUCCUGGAGUAAAAGGUGAGAGAGGACCAUUGGGAGAAACUGGCUUUCCUGGACCAAAAGGACCACCUGGAGCCCCCGGGAAAACUGGGGCACAUGGAUUCCCAGGUGCACAGGGUUUGCAAGGGAAUCCAGGAGACCGUGGGCCCAAGGGUGAGCGAGGAGAUCCAGGAAUACUGGGUGAUCGAGGGCCUCAAGGUGAAAGAGGAAGGAUGGGUCUGCCAGGGCCACCUGGAGAGAAAGGAGCACUGGGAUCUUCCGGCCCUGUAGGGCCACGAGGAAGAACAGGUCCCCCAGGACCUCCAGGUUAUCCAGGAUUCUCUGAAAUUUCAGGCACCAAAAUUUCAUUUGAAGAUUUAUCAAAAUUUAUCAGACAGGAGAUUCAUAGAAUUUUUGAAGAGAAAUUUGCGCACUAUGAACUGAAGUUCCCUGCUGCAAUGUUGGCUGCUGAAGCCCAGUCAAUUUUACAAGGGCCACCAGGAAAAGAUGGGCUACCUGGACUACCAGGUCCUCGAGGAGAGCCUGGAGCACAAGGACCCAGAGGCUACAGAGGUCAAAAAGGUGAAAGAGGCGAACCUGGCAUCGAACUUCCUGGUGAGAUCGGUCCACGGGGCCCCCCAGGUCUGCCGGGAUUAGGAAUCCCAGGUCCUCCAGGCCCACCAGGUCCACAAGGCAUCAAAGGCCCUCCGGGAAGUGAUGGAAGAUGUGAUGCCACAGACUGCUUCUUUCCUGCAAGUUUUACACAACCAUCUGCAUGAUAGAAGUCUGGCAUUAAACCAGAAAUUAUUUCAAGUGUGGCAGUUUUUGAACUGUUGGUUAACACACUUUAAAAUUUAGUAGAGGAAUCCAGUUCCAAUUUUUGCAAUUUGCAAAAACUGCAUGGAUAGUCACCUGUAUGUAAAUUGUGCAACUGGAUCCACAUUCAGUUAUGGAGUCAUGCACUCACAGCUUGAUAAGUGAAGUUGAAUUUAUAACUCAGUUGAAAAGGUGUGCUGAGUAUGAAACACACCAGCUGCUGUAGGUCUUCUACAUUUACAAAUCUGCCAAUAGAAUUGUUCUCCAAUUCUAUUUCAUAAAUAGUCUUUGAACACACUGAAUACAUAUUUCCCACAUAAUGUGGUGAUUUGAUUCAAAAGGAGAGUUUUAGCUCCUUUCAAGUAAGGAUUUCAGUAAGGAAUAAAUGUUAUGAAAUAUGUGAUGAUUGCGAUAAACAUCCAUCCCUAUCCCAUCUUGUGUGCUUCCUUGGAUUCUUUGUGUAGGAGACCUUAGGUUCAUUGUUCCAGUCCCCAUAGUUUAAAAUAUUGAUUCAUCUCACAAUACAUCUCUUUCCCCACAUUCUGAAAAAAAGGCUAAUUUAUUACCAAUUUGUUAAUUCCUAUGAAUUUGCUCGCAUCAUCUGAAAGAUCAAUUUCCAUUAUUGUUAAAACAUAUGAAUAACUUCCAUUUAAAGGCUCCAAUUGGCAGUUUAAACUGAUGAAACCAUUUUAUGAAAAUAUCAGACAUGAUGUUUACAUUUACUGCAUUACGGGCUAAAUGUCCUGUGUGAUUUUAUUUCACUAAUCUGCUUGAAUAACAAUUUGUAAUUUUUAUGUGAUUUAGUCAAAUAAUUUACUGAUGUUGUUAUGAAUACACAUUACACAGUGAUGUGAUUUUACUGCUAAUUGGAUACUUUGCAUGGCUAUUGAGUAGUGCCACCUCACAACCUUUAUUUGGGAUGAUUGGCUUUAAUGAAGAGCCUCAAAAGAAUAAUAGUGAAACUGUGUGGCAAUGUAGGUAGUUGUGAUUCUUCUUUUAUAUUUUAAUAGCAUAUACUUCAAAUGGCAAAAGGCAAGAAGUCCUUAUUUUAACAUUAUUGAUAACCAACUUAUUAAACAUGUAAUGUACUGGCACAGUUGGGGCCAGGAAGCAAAGGCCACCUUUAGAAUGAACUGUGUGGAACAAAUACUAUUCCAAAUGGUGCUAUGUGUAUAUUUUGAAUUUUUAAUUUAAUCAUGGCAAAAUUUAAUUGUGAGCAACUUGUACUGCCAGCUUUUAAAUACAUAUGUUGAUUUAAUUCAAUUGUGAUUAAAAUUGGCAGAUCUUAUUUUUUAUACAUUGUAAAAGUGCUAUUUUAUUUUCAUAUACAUGGGAAUUGUUACUUUCUGUCAGAGUGCUGGACUGGUUGGUGUUAUGCAUGCACGAUGUACACUACUGCAAUUAUUGCUUCAAAUUUAUUUAUGCUGGAUAUUUUGACACUUUGAACCUUCUGUUUGUUUUAUAUCAACAAUAUAAUUGAUGAAAUGUAUAUGUUGUAAUUUAGAAAAAAAUCUUAUAUGUUAGUUAAGAAAUUACCUUCAUCUGUUGCUGUGCACAGGUGGCAGUAUUUUAAUUAAUGAUGGUACAGCAGUAUACUUAAUGUGUAUUAUUAGUAGAAGUACCUCAUCAGAAGAGCAUUCCAACCUGGCUUGGUUUCUAAGCAUAAUUUUACUUUUUCUUUUGCAAAUAAAUGUGAUACACAACAGGUCAAACAUACUGUAUAAAAUAAAAUUCACUAUGAUUGUCAAGCUAUCCUAAUGUAGGGAGAGAAUACACAAAUUGUCAGAAACAUAAAUAUGUUAAAAGUGGAGCCAUCUAUGCAAUACAACUGCAGUUUGACAUACACAUGAAGGUUAGGGAUUGGGAAAGCUCUAUCACAGAAAUAUUAUAGGUAGGAGGGACUUAAGUGUUCUACAGUUAGAAAAAUAAAUAUUAUUGAUACAUUAAAAUAAAAGAGAAAGUAGUAGAAUAUGAAUGUAGAAAUUCUACAACAUUUAGUUCCAAUUUCAUGGUUUUUUUUGAUUUUCUCCUGAAGUUUGAUGGCUGAAUUGGAACCUUGAAUAUGGUAUUCAACAUCCCUUUCUUCCUCCCAUUCCUGGGUGGCGACCAUGUGGAUCCAAUACAAUACUUCCUCAGUAUUGUUUAGAUAAACAGUGCUAAUUUCCAGCCAGUUCAUUGGGUGUUAUCAAGAGCACCUUUCACAAGAUUAGUAGAUAAAGUUAGAAAUAAUGUCAUUUUAAAUUGUCCUUUCAUCAGACACUAAUUGCUGACAGUGAUUUUAGAUUGAGGUUGUUAAAUGCUCUUGUAAACGUAUAUGAAAAUACUAUUAAGUAGUUGCUGUUAAUUUUCUUUAAUUAUAAUUUUUUGCUGCAAUUAUGAACAUGACUAUAUCUCAAUCAUUGGUCAUAAAAGCAGAAUAAAUUGUGAUGAUAUACAUUGGCUGAGAAAAAAAGAUACAAAUUUUUGGAUACAUUUCACUUCAAAAAUAUUUAGAACUCAGUUUCAAUGCAUUGUAAUUGUAAUGAGAAAAAAGCAUUUAACACUAAUGAUAUGAAGCAUUUUGUAUCAGUUGAUGAUAUUUGAAAUACUUCAUAACAAGAAUAUUGGUCUGUUUGUUUGGAUUAUUUGUAAUUGAUUUUGUCAAUAUGACAACAGAUGAUUGUAUAAGUGAACAGGUUGAUGGCAGAUAGAUAUACUGUUUUAAACACAAUGUCCUACCUCAUUUGAGGAAUGGUUUUUAAUCUAUGUAUAUUGAAUUAAUUAUUGGUAGCAUUAAAUAGUUGAUUCAACUGUCUUAUUUUCUGAUUUUGAUUAUUCUUCAUUUUCACAGGAAAUUCUCCAAAUAACUCCUUGUUUUGUUUAAUUCGUUUAUUGCUCAGCACCUUUUUUUGUUUACUUUCCUAAGUUCUCCACUCUUUGGUGAAGAUGCUAAGAACUAGAACAACAGUUAGUUGAGGAUUAUCCAGUAUCUGACCUGAGUGUUGUUUUUCAUUUCUGACCCUGAUGCUGUUCAACAAGGGAGGAGCAAUAAGCCUGCCUCAGACCUCACCCAAAAUCAUUCUUGCUUGAUUAAGGGUAAUUGGAAAACAAUAAGGUAUUAAGAACCCAGAUUGAUUUUGACCAGUAUAUCCCUGGGGAAGUGAAGCCUGAGAUGAUAUCAGAAUGUGACAUGGGAUAAAACAGGAGAUUGUGCAGGGUUCCCCAGUAUAUCAGACAGUGUAACAGUGGAGAACAUAGUUGAACUAAUGUGGAUCUUCUCAGGUGGAAUUGUAUAUCCAAAAACUAUAUUAAUUAAGCCUCUGAUGCAAACUGGUUACUGACUCAUUUCUUCACCUUAAUUAAUUUUAUUUAAAUUUUAUUGUAAUUUGACGGACAUUUUCAAUGAUUAUAUCUUAACUUCUAAUUUUUAAUAUUUUAUUUGUUUGAAUUAUUUUAAGUUCUGUUCCACAUUCUAAUAAAGUAUUAAAUUGCUUUGUGCUCAUUCCUUAGUCAAUAAUUUCUGUAUUACCUGCUGUAUUACCACUGAGAGAACAGGAGAGCAUAUAGUGUGAAUAAAGGAUUGUGGCAAAGUGUGAUAAUUUUUUGAAAUCAAAUGUUUAAACACUGAAAUUGCUGAUUUAUUUAAGAUGCUUCAUACCCUUUUGUGCAGCAUUAGCCUCCCUGUGUGUAAUUGGAAAGGGAAUAACAGAUUUAUCUUUCAAUUGAUCCUCACAAUAUUUUAAUAAUAUACCCUGUUCUGAUUGUAUGCUGCUGGAGACUCUGUCAGGUGCAGAUGAAUUAUGGCCAGCAAAAGGUUCUGUGUUCACAUUUAUGCCAAUUUGAAAAAAAAAGAUUUAAAUUGAUUUUGUGAUAUAUGAUGUGAACUAAUGUUGGCUUAUAUACA